UACAAUACACUCGUACAUACCUAUACAUUUGCAUGGGAGGAAACUAUACAUGUCUACAUAGAGCUAGCGCUUUGGCUGUAUAUAGUGCAACUCCGGACCUCUAAUGUAGUGUAAUUAGGAACAUAUACAUAUCUGUAAUAGGAUAAUGGAAGAAAACGGGAAAUAGUUGGAAUAUUGAACCAGCUGGAACAACAGGAAUAUUUACACAUAAAGUUUUCGUGUGUAUUGUUCAGCUUGUAACUAGCACAGAAAUGUGAUUCUCGCGAGUUAUAUUGGAGAGUUUCUUCACAUAAAAACAACAUGGUUGUAUCAGAAUUGGAUUAAAGUGCGUGCUAUGUUAUCAUAAUUAAUCGUGAUUAGUGAAAUGAAUUGUGGUUUUAUAAAAAAAAUAUAACGGAUAAAUACACGAAAAAAUUUUGGAGGAGUGAAGCGGAAGUUUGUCGGCAACACAAACCUACCCGACAUUUUCAUUGGUGAAGUUAUUGCGUGCGUUAAGGUUUUUAAUCUAGAACAGAUUUUAAACAUUAGUAAUGGAUUACCCUCCUCUGUGUAUGAGAUGGAUAUAAACCAGAUUUUUCUUUUAUAUACACUUUUUAAGAAACUGAUGACAGACUGGACCAACUAAUCUUUGGAAGUCUUAACAAUAUUCAGAUGUUCUGGCGUACGUUUGGGCAAUCUGGCAGAAUGGAAAAUUGGCAGUUUGAGUUUUGAAGUUACACUAUUUUGACGGUCAGUGGAUAUUGAAAGGAAAGAUACCAACGAAUGAGAAUCAGAAGCGGAACAUUUUAAAUUUUGAUUUUCUUUCUCAAGAUGGAAGCCAAAUAUAAAAUUUUGGAAAAGAUUGAUGAGGGAAGCUUCGGUGAUAUUUUCACUUUACAGAGUUUGAAUGGAGGGAUCGUGUUUGCAUUGAAGCAAAUAGAAUACAGAGGAAACCUUCUUAAAGACGAGUACAUUGUUGGAGAAAUUGAGUGCCUUACAAAGCUUAAACACGACCAUAUUAUCGGGUUAAAGGACGUUUACAUCGGUUCUAAUACGGUUAAUUUAAUUCUGGAAUAUGCCGAAAAUGGAAAUUUGGAAAAUUAUUUACGAGAACGCUUCCCAAUGAAGGGCAUAUUCCUGAGAAGAUUCGGUGUGCAGAUUUUAAAAGCGAUCGAUUUUUGUCAUUCGUGUGGGAUUGCACAUCGAGACCUGACCCCCAGCAACGUUUUAGUAACUGCGGAUCACGUUAUCAAAUUGGCCGACUUUGGUCUUGCUGUUUGUGCGGUGUCAAGUAAAGGUGAAGAGGUCAUGUGUGAAGAUUACCUUGGAAACGUACCGUAUUUAGCUCCUGAAGUUUUAAAGGAAGUGCCUUAUAAUGCUUUAAUGGCAGAUUUGUGGAGUACGGGAAUGUUACUGUAUUAUCUCCUGUUUGGGAAAGUCUUACUUCACGGAACUGCGGAGACUGUGCUUCAAGAUUCCGAAGAGGUGGCAGCAUUACUUUGUAGUAUAGACUCCACUUCAUUUUCCAGAACAGAGAAAAAUAUAUUCGAGUACAUUAAAAAUCUUUUAAAAUGUUUACCUGAAGAAAGAACUUCAAUUGGGACACUUCUUCUAGGAACUAUGCAAGACCAUUCCGAGGCCAAAAUGGCCAUCAGACCGUCACGUGACCUUGUGUGUGGAAUGGUAGAAGCUAUGUCAGACUAUUCUGAAACCAAAAUGGCCACCAGGCCGUCACAUGAUAUUGUAAAUGGAAUGGUAGCAUGUGGAAGCGCUUUAAGACAGGUAUAAAGUAUCCCAGCAUGCAUUGCGGGUCAUUUACAUAUUCUACAUAUCAAUGUAUUUUAGAUGUUAUUUCUUUUUUUAUGAAGCUUUUGCUUUAGCUUGAAAUAAAUCAUGAAAUAUUA